CAAUAGAUAAUAUAGUGAUAGAUGAUAUAGUAAUAGCAACCUCUAGUAAAAUUCUUAAUAAAAAUGCUAGUGAAACUAGUAAAACAAUCUUAGAAAUUACUGGUGAAAAUAGCAGUAAAACUACUUGUAAAAUCAAUAAUAAAACCACUAGCAAAAUCACUAAUGAAACUGCUAGUGAAACUGCUAGUAAAACUACUAGUAAAAUUACUA